AUGGAACAAGAAGGCCUACGUCUUAUGCAGGGCCGACGUCAAUGCAUCCGAACACCAAACUGCCUUAUUCAGCGUGUAUGUUUGAUAAUACUUUGUUUACUUACAGAGCAAAUAAAGAACUUAAGAAUGUCUAGGUUUCGCUUUGGAAGACAACACGAUGGCUAUCGUCUAGUGUCCAAUGAUGACAGCGGUUUUUCUGAUGCACAAUUCGAAGCUCCACCGCCUAGAAUACCGUGGAAGGCGAUCUCUUUAGCUGCGUUUUUAUUUGUUGUCGGUACGUCGUUACUUAUUGUAGGUAGUUUAAUUGUGACUGGACACAUAGACACUAAGUAUUCAGACCGUCUGUGGCCCAUGAUCGUUUUAGGUUGUAUAAUGUUCUUACCUGGAGCAUAUCACAUUAGGAUAGCAUAUUAUGCAUACAAAGAGUAUCCAGGAUAUAGUUUUGCUGACAUUCCAGAGUUUGAAUAA